AUGGGUGCGAGUCGAAAGCUUCAAGGAGAGAUAGAUCGUGUUCUCAAGAAGGUUCAAGAAGGCGUUGAAGUAUUUGACAGUAUCUGGAACAAGGUUUACGACACAGACAAUGCAAAUCAAAAGGAGAAAUUCGAGGCAGACCUCAAAAAGGAAAUUAAGAAGCUCCAGAGGUAUAGAGAUCAAAUUAAGACUUGGAUUCAAUCCAGUGAGAUCAAGGAUAAGAAGGUUAGUGCCGCGUAUGAGCAAGCUCUGGUAGAUGCUCGGAAGUUAAUUGAACGAGAAAUGGAAAGAUUUAAAAUAUGUGAGAAGGAAACUAAGACCAAAGCAUUCUCCAAAGAAGGCUUGGGUCAACAGCCGAAGACAGAUCCGAGAGAGAAGGCUAAAUCAGAGACAAGGGAUUGGUUAAACAAUGUGGUUGGAGAGUUAGAAUCUCAGAUUGAUAAUUUUGAAGCUGAGCUUGAAGGCCUUACAGUCAAGAAAGGAAAAAACAGGCCUCCUAGAUUGACGCAUCUAGAGACAUCAAUUACUCGGCACAAGGCUCAUAUAAAGAAAUGUGAAUUAGUUUUGAGACUUCUAGAUAACGACGAGUUGAGUCCAGAGCAGGUUAAUGAUGUGAAAGAUUUCUUGGAUGACUAUGUAGAGCGAAAUCAGGAGGAUUUUGAUGAAUUUGAUGAUGUUGAUGAACUAUACAUUUCAUUACCUUUAGAUAAGGUUGAUACUCUAGAAGAUCUUGUUACAAUUCCCACUAGUGUUGCAGUUGCAAAGACAAUCAGUUCAUUGCCUUUAGACGAAGGGAAGAUUCUAGAAGAUCUUGUUACAAUUCCCACUGGUCUUGCAAAGGUGGCACCUGGUCUUAGCUUGAAGAGUCCUUUGGCAGCAUCAGCAUCACAGUCAGCGUCAUCACAAACAUCUGAGCAAGCUGAUGAGACAGCGUCUCAAGAUAGCAAUUCUGAUAUUGUGGCAAAAACUCCACCUCCUAAAAGUGGCGGAAUCAGCUCUUCUGCUUCAACACCUACCGGGAAUAAUGCCACUCCUGCUUUUGUGAAUGUUUCUGGUCAUAAUUUGUCCAGUUCACCGACUGCUGCAGUCCUUCCUGUCUCAAAUUCUGUUCGAAAUGUUUUGGAGAAUGCUAACGUAAAUCAGUCAGCCUCUACAAAGGAAGAAGAUAUUAAUAGCUUCCCUAGCCGUAGGCCAUCUCCUUCGCUUUCUGAUGCAGCUCUUGUGCGGGGCAGAAACAGCUUGUCAAAUCAAGCAACAGCCAGCAUCCCUCUUGGUUCCGGAAACAUGGUUUCUGGUAAUGGAGCCUUUGGUUCACUCCCUUCAGCCUCAGAAAUAACUAAGCGAAACAUAUUGGCAACUGAUGAUAGACUUGGAAGUAGUGGAAUGGUGCAACCUCUUGUAUCACCGCUAAGCAAUAGGUUGAUCUUGCCUCAGGUUGGGAAGGCUAAUGAUGGAACUGCCUCUGUUGACUCUAGUACUGUUAAUGAAGCUGCAGCUGUGUCUGGGAGAGUUUUCUCCCCUUCUGUGGUUCCUGGCAUGCAAUGGAGACCUGGAAGUCCCUUUCCGAAUCAGAAUGAUGCGGGGCAGCUUCGUGGAAGAACUGAAAUAGCUCCUGAUCAAAGGGAAAAGUUUUUGCAGAAGUUUCAGCAAGUGCAACAACAAGGGCCAAGUACCCUUCUUAAUAUGCCUUCCCUUGUUGCAGGAAAUCAUAAGCAGUUUUCUUCCCAACAACAAAGUCCACUUUUGCAGCAGUUCAACUCUCAAGGCUCAUCCGUUUCUUCACAAUCUAGUAUGGGAAUUGGAGCCCAAUCCCCGAGUCUCGGUGGUAUUUCUUCUGUCUCGCUACAGCAGCCCAGCUCCUUACAUUCCCCGUCUAGUCAACAAGCAAUUCCAGGUGCUGCUAAAGAUGCAGAUAAAAUUGAAGAACAGCAACAUCAGAGUUUUCCUGACGAGUCAACAACUGAAUCUACUAGCACAGGGAUUGGCAAGAAUCUCAUAGUUGAAGAUGAUUUGAAAUCAGCAUAUGUUGUAGAUUCAUCUGUAGGUGUAUCUGCCUCUCUUCCAGAAGCUGCUCAAAUUUCCAGAGAUAUUGAUUUGUCUCCUGGUCAACCUUUACAAUCAAAUCAAUCUGCUGGCCACCUUGGUGUCAUUGGAAGAAGAAAUGGUGUUGACCUUGGAGCCAUUGGUGAUAGCUUUAGUGCAUCAAGUGUUAAUGCUGGUGGAGUGCGCGAUCAACUAUAUAAUUUACAAAUGCUUGAGGCGGCACAUUUUAAAGUUCCACUAGCUAAAGACUCAGAACGUCCUAGAACCUAUACUCCUAGGCAUCCAGCAAUUACACCUCCUAGCUAUCCACAAGUACAAGCGCCUAUAGUUAACAACCCUGCCUUUUGGGAGAGAUUAGGUCUUGAGGCAUAUGGCACCGACACCCUGUUCUUUGCAUUUUAUUAUCAACAGAACACAUACCAACAAUAUUUGGCUGCAAAGGAGCUAAAGAAGCAGUCUUGGAGAUACCACCGAAAGUAUAAUACAUGGUUUCAGCGGCAUGAAGAGCCCAAAGUUGCUACGGAUGAUUUUGAGCAGGGAACAUAUGUGUAUUUUGAUUUUCAUAUUGCAAAUGAUGACCUGCAACAUGGAUGGUGUCAAAGAAUCAAGACUGAAUUCACUUUUGAGUAUAAUUAUCUUGAAGACGAGCUUCUUGUAUAG